CUUUAUUAUUGUCAGACUUGUUGCUGUCUUUUUUGGUAUUAACUGGUCACAAAAUUUGGAGUUUAGUAUAAUCCCUGGAUUGAGGUUUUGUUUGAGAUUUCUGUAAGAUACUGCAGGACAACCUGGAACAGUAACACGCCAGCUGGCUGUCCGAUUUCUUGCCAGGUGCUCAAAUUCUGAUCCACUCUCCCGAUCUGUGUUUUCCCAAAUCCGGCGCAUUCUGUCUUUGCCAUGAAUCAGCGCCUGCUCCCGGAGCCGGACAGCCUGGCGGAAUUCGAGAAGCGCCUGGUGGAUCCGCUGGCCGAUCCGAAGCCGCGUGUGCCGCGCAGCCUGCAGCUAGCCACCGUCAACGUCCAACUGGCCCCCCUCGACUACUCCCGCAAAUCAUCCCUGCCGCGCUGCGUGCCCACUGGUGGUCGCACGUCCUCGCAACUGCAGCGCGCCGACUCGCAGACGGUAUCCACCAACACCACCCUCCUCAUGGCCGAUGUCUCCUUCGACCCGUACGCCAACGCCACACCGUCGCCCACAUUCGACGAGCACCUGUCUGGCCAAUCAGCUGCAGAUCCACCAGCGAAAUGGAUUCCUUCAGAUGAGAUGGCCGAGUGGAUUUGCCAGCGCAAGCCGUUCACAAUUGCAGAACUGUUCCUGUUGUACCGGUAUUUUAGCAGCAAAGAGUGACGGUAUCCCGUUCUUCAGCUCUAUAGUCAUAUUAAAGUUGCAAAUUAGUUGCUCCAAGUUGGAAGUUUUGUUCAAAGAGAGUGGGUUUUUCCUGGAGUUUUUGUUUAAUUUUUUGUGAUUUUCUGAAUCUGGUCUGUGCUUUCGGUGGGGCGUACGAAUGUCCUGGCGAAAGCUGAGCUGAGUCCUGCACCGGUUGGACAAGUGUUUCGGUUUUGUUUAAUGUACAGUGUGUUGCAUUUAGUGGUCCGGACUUUGUAGUUUUUUCUGUAUUUGCCAUGUUUAUCCGGCAGUACUGUGACUAUUUACUGUCACAGUAUCGUCCUGCCGGU